CUGGUCCCUGCCCCGACGCUGAGAAUUUUCAGUUUCUUUCUAUUGUUUUUGUGUAAUUAAAUUUUAAUUCAAGUGCGGGGCAGGCGUUGUAUAAUUUCGCGUCGCCUCCAACACAUCAUUCAAGUUCUUCCCUCAGAGGCUUCUACGGAGUUAUCCCCGAGUCGGACCCCUCUCAGCUCUAUAUCAGUGCGUUCGGUUUACCAACAGAGUUUUGUUCUUUAAUUUUACCAUCAGUGUUUAUUUUAUUCGUGCAACGUGCAAAUUACGAUCCACGUUUUGGUGCAAGUGUUGUGUUUCUUGACUUUUAUCGUCGUAAUUUACUAUUAUCGACAAGAGAGCUGCAAUGAAGCUAUCUAGCUGAUAUCUUUAUUUCACGUAGUAUCCAAGGAUGGAAAGCUACUCAUACUCUGGGAACUCCGGUUUUUUCGAUGAUCUGGACAUAGAAGGCCGAAAUUUUGUCAUUGAUGAAUGGCAUGCUGAAGAACCAUUUGCAAAGACAAACCCUGAAAAUCCAGGCCCUAUAGAGUCACCGCCGGCCGUCUCAAAAGAUCCAAAAAGCGAAAAUGAUGAGAAGAAGUGGCUCCUCACAGUUGUCAAGCUUGACGAUGGCACAAUGGGCUUCGCUCACACAGUUGACUCGAUCGGUGUCAUGUGGCGAUGCCACCCUUGCAACAUGGUCUUCGAAGGCAAGGACAUGUUUCAGGAACACAUCAAUACAGAGAAGCAUAAAACGGUUAUGGCCCGACCACAUCACAAGAAAGUCUUUUUCACGAAACUUGUCGUCGAGGCACCUCACAUUGAACCAGGCGAGCCUGUGCCACCCGGGUUUGAGGACAUCAUACAAGAUGUGUGUCAACUUCAAUCAGCCUUAGACGAAUUCAAUGAAGCGCCAAUUAUAGGAUUGGAAUUCCUUGUUGAGCUGACAAAUCCAGAUCCAGCUAAUGAGCCCCGCUACAUUUGCUUGUUAUGUGACAAGAGAGGUGAUCCGCGCAGUAUUCUCAAGCACAUGACCAGUCAGAGUCAUUACCAAAAGUACUUGGGACGGUAUUUUCGAUUGGUCUAUGUGGCUCUGAACAACAUUCCAAAACAACCCAGCUAUAAAAAUGGGCUCUGCCUACUAACUCAAUACAUUGUAGGGAAAAUCGAAGAGCGCUUCGGACGUCUGAGACCCAAAGUCAUGGAGGAAAUAAAAUUCAAUCAGCCAGGUGAAAGAGCAGAACUAACCGCCAAAAUUGAUGGAGAAAGGCACUUCAGGGAAACUGAUGAGGAUAAUUUUGCAGAAUUAGUUGAUGUCAAAUAUGUGAAAGAUCCUAGACUUCUUAGACCUGUCAGUCAGUGGCCUCCUCAUUUACAUCCUUCUUAUUCACUUUCUACAGUUGAACCACCACCACCAAGUCAAGAUCCAGGCGAAGAAAACUCCAAAAGCAGCAGCACCAGUAGUGAUAAAGGUCGAGUUCCUUUCAAGUCUAAACCAGUUACAGGGAAUAUCCGAAAACGUCAAGAGUCUCCAGAAGUUGUUACCCUCGGUGAAAAUUCUCCAGAUAGUAAAAGUGAAUCAAAAAAGUCACGGAAAUCUUUGUCUCCAUUGUCUCCUGAUGACUCCCCGCAAGACUCGAGACGCUCAAGAGAUAGGCAACGCUCCAGAUCCAGGCGGCGAUCGCGAUCCCGCUCUUUGUCCAGAGGUCGUUAUGGUGGUGGAGGUGGAAGACGGUUGCCGUAUCGACGAUCUCGUUCGCCUAGUUAUCCUCGUAAUCUCUCCCGUCGAAGUAGAUCUCCAAGACGAAUGAGGUAUUCGCCUGGACCACGCCAUAGACGAGAUGGGAGACGCUAUUCCAGGUCACGCUCCAAAUCACGUUCCAGGCACCGGUCUCCACCAUCAUUCAGGCAACGCAGGUCCCGUUCUCGUUCUCCGUACAGGCCAAGAUAUAGACAACGUUCCCCGGUGUAUAGAGACUCAAGACCGAGGUAUCCUGAUGAAAGGCAUGUAUACAGGAGGGAAUCAAUCUCCAGACGUGAAAAACUGAGUGAAGAAUUGAAAGGCUUGGAAAGUAAACUGCUAAGUAAACUCAAGUAUUAUGAAAAGAACCCAGAGAAACACCCCAUGUAUCCGGAGGAGUGGAAAUUAUUCUGGAACCGAAGAUUCAAGGAGCUCCAAGCAUCUGGAGUUGAUCCACUUCAACACGAUUUUAAGCCAGAAUGGAUUGAAUUUUGGACCAAGAAGAUGGUGGAACUACACGAAGAAGAUUUGAAGAAACAGACAGCUGAACUGAAAAAGAAAAUAGAGGCUGAAAUUGAACUCGACAAAGAGCGCACAACUGAACGAAGUAGAAACUCCAGAAGUCAAGAGAGGACUCGAAAUACAAGUCGAGAUAGAAGUCGAGAAUCUAGUCGCCCACGUCAGCCAGAUGUUUCAGUAAAUGAUAUGAAGAACCUAUGGAAAGCCUACACUGGCACAGAGAUAAAAGUUGAUUCUAAUUCGAAGCGUUCCCCCUCACCUUGGGAAGAUCCUAAUUCUAAAGAGAAGAAAACAAAGAAAGAGUUGGCCUUAGAGCCUCUCGGAUCUCCAAUUUCAGAUGAUGAAGUUGAUUUAGGUGAUGAUUUAGAUAACAUUUCAGAAAAAAGUAUACCCGAAGUAACGUAUGCCCCACCAAGACAUUAUUAUCAUCAAAUGUAUGAUGAGAGAGGAAUGCCUGUUUCAUCAAUGUAUGCCCAAACCAUGGCUAGAUUCCCGAGGAAAGCAAUGCCAUUCGCCAAAGAACCGCUCAACGUCAUCACAGUCAUUAGAAGCAUAAGUGUCCUAGAAGAUCAGCUUGGGCCCUCUCUGGGUCCAAAAAUUGUUGAUUUACUGUCCUGCGCAUUGGCUCUAGAAAAAGAGAAACCAAAAUCUUCAGCUACUUUGUUGACGAAUGCAAAUAUGGUUUUAUUGGAAACAGUCAAAGAAAAGUUAAAAGGUCAAUUUUUGGCACGGGUGAUUCCCGGCAACUUGGUGGGGGCUGCAAAGCACGCUAUUGCCAACAUUGAUGAAUUGGUUAGGUUGGCUCCCCGAGCGCCAUCUCCACCUAAGUUCACGCCAACCCCUGUUUUUGACAAACCCACGGAUCCAAUUCCUGUUCCAGGGGUAGGAACAGUAGACAAAGUUGCUAUUGCUAAUCAGAUUGCAGCAACACUCACCGCUCAAGGAAGGACUGAUGUUUCACAAGAAGAGUUAGAAAUGUUAAUCAACGCUGUUGUAGGAAUGAGGGAGGCUGAAGCUCAAGGCGGUUCUGCAAAUGUAAAUGUGGAGCAGGUUAUAUGACCCGCAGCCGGCGCAAGGUCGCAAGACCCUGCGCCGCAGUACUCAUCUAACAGCACAUCUGCAGCUGUCUUUGCUCCUCCGAAUCAUGACUCAAAACAGGAGUUCCCUCCUAGCAGCACCGCUGGAUCUCAUUUCACUCAGACACAAGCUAGUGCACCUCACUACACUUCGGGCAGCAGUAUCCCCCCUCAAUUUCCUAGAAACCUUGAUUCAGUGCUAAACUUCUCUCAUGAUAGGGCUGCAAACUCACAAUAUUCUCAAGAUGGAGCAGUCGACCCAGUGCCAGCAUAUUCUUUUGCCAGUAGUGGUGCCUCCAAAUACUCGCAAAACCGGGAAUCAGUAUCACCAUACCCUCAGACUAAUACCACUACAUCCCAGUACUCUCACAAUUCUGAACCUGAUCCUCCUUAUACCCAAAGCAGUAGUGCUGUAUCUCCGCCCAACAGUGACUCCUUAUCACAGUUCCCUCCCAAUUCUGUUGUGCCGCAGUACUCUGAUGAGUUUGAUUCCGACUCAGAUGAUGAGCGUUUUGAUCAGUUGUAGCAGUAAAAGAUAUUUCUCCAAAUUCAGGGAUAACCUGAUCAAGUGGAGUACUUUGAGCCUCGUCUAAUGCAUGAUCUGUCAGUUCAAGUGAUUUUACGCCUAGUUUUGAUAAAAAAAAAUGGAAAAAAAAAUCAUAUGCUCGUAUGUUCAUUGAGUGUUAAGUUUAAGCACAAAUUGGUUGUCUGUGAUUUACACUGUACUAAGACUGAUCCAGUCACUUAACUGACUAAGGUGAUAGGGAGUACAUGUAACUUUUUUUAUCUUUAUCUGAGCAAGGUUUCUAGUGUCAUGUUCCUCUCUUAAGAAGGAAAUUUACUGAAUAUGAUUGAAGGUUAAAGAAGGGAUAUGAUUUUUGUUCAAAUCAGCUGCUUCCUGCACAAACACUGUUCGAUUGCGGAGGUGUCAUAUGAUUAAUCAAAGAUAUUGUACUGCUGAUUAAGUUGCUCAAAGCAAAAAGAACUUUUUAUUUUGUACUGUUGCAUGCUGGACCAAAAAUAAAUUGAUGCAAUGAGAAUAACUCAAUUUGCAACUGAAAUGGACUAUGGCAGCCACAACUAGGAUUGUUCAGCAGCCUUUUAUACAUGAAUCAGUAGGCACCAUGACCCAAAAGAGAAUACAAAAUCCAGUGGUUCCAGUAUUUGCCUAUUUUGAACUGCUCAAAAUCUAUGGAAUAGUUGACGGUGGGCCCAUUUCACCCUGGAAGUAGUUUUUCCAUUGAAUUUUCUUCUAAUUGGUUGACAAAAUUGGAAACGAUAAGUAGGACACCAAAACUACUAACGUCACAAAGCUUUUUUAUCAGAGAAUUUUUUCCAUCUCAAUUCUUUUUCAAAGGAUAAUUGACUGUCCGGUUUUGAUUUUAAGUGCAAUGUUUUGUUUGAUAACAUUUUUAUCCUAAAAUUUCCCCUGUCAAAAAUGUUGAAUCUUAUCCUGUAAAUUAUCACUUUUUAGUCAAGAUCAUGCUUGUCUAUCAUGAAGAAGUUGUUCUUGUUUGACCGAUCAAUUUGAUCUGAUUAUUUCAAGUACAAUCAAAUCUUUUAAGUUACUGUUUUUUUCAAAGUCAAACUUUCUUAAUUCUUACCUGUGACUUCCAUUUCAUUCUAAUCUAAGUCUCUUGUUUCUUUUUGAACAAGAUCAUCAAAUCUUAUGUUCUUGUUUUAAUUAUUUGUGUGAUCUCUCAAACCUUAGAAAGGAAAGGUUCACUCCAACAUGUCCGAAAAAUCAUUUUAAAUGCUUCUAACUGAUUCUCUCUAUUUCUAAAUCGAUAUUCUCUGAGACAAAAUUUACUUUUAAAGUAAUAAGACAUUCUGAUAUAUUUUCCAUCAGAAAAAUAUCAAAUGAAAAGAACUUGUCAAAUUCUAUUUUGCAUGUAAAGUUUUUUUUCCUCCAAUGAUGAUUUUAUAUGCACUGUUGCAUGCUGUGCAGACUGUAAAUAAUGAUAUUGUAAAAAAGUUCUAUGUGUGUAUAUCUUUAAGAGAAAAUUAUUAAAAACUUUGGCUGAUACCUUA